AUCAAGUCCUGUGUUUUAGCACCAGUCCUUGCGGUUUGCGGCCGUUUAGCAUCCAGAAAGGAUCUAUGAAGAUCUGGAAACGCUUGUACUGACCAGAGAGAAAGGUUAUCAGGUUGUAGAAAUGUGUUCCAUCUGGUGUAAUAAAAUGACUCCAGUUUCCCAUGUUGGUUGAUGAAGGGUUUGUUUAGAAGAUCAUGUUUGAUAUUCCUCACAGUCCUUGUAUCUAAGGGAUGAAUUCUUGAGGUGGUGCUAACAGAAGGUAAAGUUUGUUCUGAAAUUUGUGAAUACUUAUGAGAAGGAUCACUGAUAGGAACAGAAAGGAACUCUAUGGGUAACUCUUGUUUGUGGAAGAUUAUUGGUCAACCAUGGUAAAACUUGCCAACCCACUUUACACAGAGUGGAUUCUUGAAGCUAUACAAAAAGUAAAAAGGCAGAAGCAGAGGCCAUCUGAAGAGAGAAUUUGUCAUGCAGUUUGUGCAUCCCAUGGCUUAGAUAAGAAGACUGUUUCUGAACAGUUGGAGCUGAGUGUCCAAGAUGGCUCUGUUCUCAAAGUUACCAACAAAGGCCUUGCUUCCUACAAGGACCCAGAUAAUCCUGGACGUUUUUCAUCCCUUAAACUGGAUGACAUUCCUAAACCCACUAAAGGAUCUAGGGGAACAUGUAACGAGCUUCGAAAUGUGGAUUGGAAUAAACUUCUCCGAAGAGCCAUUGAAGGGCUUCAGGAACCAAAUGGAUCUUCCCUCAGAAACAUAGAAAAAUACCUAAGAAGUCAACAUGAUCUUACAGGUAUUUUCAACAACCCUGUCUUUCAGCGGAGAUUACGACUGGGGGCCAAACGAGCUGUCAAUAAUGGGAGAUUAUUGAAAGAAGGACCUCAAUACAGGGUGAACUAUGGGAGCCUGGAAAGCCAAGGGACAUAUAAAUACAGUUCAUUUCCAGCAUCUCUCCCACCUGUCAGUCUUUUGCCUCAUGAAAAGGACCAGCCACGGGCUGAUCCCAUUCCAAUAUGUAGCUUCUGUUUGGGGACAAAAGAAUCAAACCGUGAGAAAAAGCCAGAAGAACUCCUUUCCUGCGCUGACUGUGGGAGCAGUGGGCAUCCAUCCUGUCUGAAAUUUUGUUUGGAGUUAACAACGAAUGUGAAGGCCUUAAGAUGGCAAUGUAUUGAGUGCAAGACAUGCAGUGCCUGCAGAAUCCAAGGCAAAAAUGCAGAUAAUAUGCUUUUCUGUGACUCUUGUGAUAGAGGUUUCCACAUGGAGUGCUGUGACCCACCACUUUCUCGAAUGCCAAAAGGUAUGUGGAUUUGCCAAGUCUGCAGACCAAAGAAAAAAGGAAGGAAGUUGCUUCAUGAGAGAGCUUCACAGAUAAGGCGACGCUACACAAAACCUAUUGGACGGCCAAAAAACAAACUAAAGCAACAAAUGUUGUCUGUUACCAGUGCUGAAGGAUCCAAGAAUGCAUUCCCAGGAAGGGGGUCACCUGGUAGGGGUCAAAAGACUAAAGUCUGUACCACACCUUCAUCUGGUCAUGCUGCAUCUGUGAAGGAUUCAAGCAGCAGAUUGGCUGUUACAGACCUCACCUGGCCUGGUGCCACCGCCACCAAAAUCACCACCAUCACCUCCACCUACAUACCUGCUGCUACACUAAACGUUAACAAGAAAACCCAAGGGCUCAUUGAUGGCCUUACUAAGUUUUUUACACCAUCACCCGAUGGUCGCAGAUCACGAGGUGAAAUAAUAGACUUUUCAAAGCAUUAUCGUCCAAGGAAAAUGGCCUCUCAGAAACACUCCUGUACUUCUCAUGUGUUGGCUACAGGUACAGAAAUCAAAAUAAGCAUCAAACAAGAAAAUUCAGAUCUGUUUGUGGUGGGGAGCAAGAACAUUGUUACAGAAGAAGAUUUGAACAUGUUUAAACAGGCCCAGGAACUUGCAAUGGAGAAGAUAGGUUGUAAAAAUGGUGGAGAAGUAAAUGGACGUUACCCUUCUGUGAUAGAAUUUGGAAAAUAUGAGAUCCAGACUUGGUACUCCUCACCUUAUCCACAGGAAUAUGCAAGACUAUCAAAGCUUUUCUUGUGUGAAUUCUGUCUUAAAUACAUGAAAAGUAAAAAUAUCUUGCUAAGGCAUGCAAAGAAGUGUGGCUGGUUUCAUCCUCCAGCCAAUGAGAUCUACAGAAGGAAGGAUCUUUCGGUGUUUGAG